UCAGCAGAGUGCGAUCAACAGGCGAAGGAGAUAGACAGGUGUUAAUUCGUAAGCGCAGUUGACUACCUAUACUGCCUUAAUUAUUAAACAUACUUUACGCAUUAGUUGUGGAAAUCUGCUGCUGUGAGUGAGUUUCGGGUGAUGAGGAACAUGGCGAUGGCGUGGGAGAGAAAGUGGCGUCGACCUUUUGUAACUCUGGCCGUUCUUCUGGUUAUGAGUCUUCGCGUGGAGGCGGAGAACUUGGAGGUCACACGCCUGCAGAGAAUCGACCCAGCGUCAAUAAACAUUUUCUGCACAACGACCAAUGGAGUCACACCCAACGACGACGAAGACCAGUAUGAACUCAGCUUCGCGAAUCCCCAAAGCAAAGACAUUAACCUUGUGUCCACGUCAAAAGCCUCCAGUAAUCCACAGGUGUUUGAACUGGACGUCCAAACCCUUUACGGAGGCAAGACCGCCUUUACGUUGGCGCUGAAGAAGAAAGAAGAUCAGUCAGUCAAGGCGUCCACCGCCAUGACCUUUGAAAUGCAAGACGUGUCGGGCGUGAAGGCCAGCUGGGUCGGCGUAAGACAGGCAGCGGGACCGGGAGUUGUGCUUCGCCUUUACGGGCAUCCCGUGAGUGUCCUGGCUUGUCCCGAAGAAGGCGAAGACAACAGCGACUGUCUUGAUUUCUCGCCGGAGGAUAAUUAUCGAGAAUCUUCCGGCCUCUCUGGUCUUUCGGCUGCUCUCUGCAUGCGGAUGGAGGAAGACCCAACCUUGCCUUUUUGCUUGGUUUCUGUGGCUAUUAUGACUGUCAUAGGAACCCCUUACGAAGAUGAAAUCCGCCUGAGCCACCAAGAGGACCAAGCAGCGGCACCGGAAGGAACCUUGUUCAUAGCGGAGAACAUAGCUACCGGUAGUACGCGCGACCUUCUGUACUGGAGCGAUGAAAAACUUGGGGCAUGUCCACGAACUUCCAUUUGCAAGAUUGGGGACUUUCCGUCGAACAAUAAUCAGUACGAAGUCUUCUUUGUGGAUUAUCAAGAAGCAGACGGAGAAAUAAUAGAAACUUCCUCAGUUAUGCAAUUUGAAGAUUUCUCCCCCGUCGGGACUGUGAUCGAACCGAACAUGCUGGAAAUACGAUGGACAAAGACGACAGAGCAGUACAAUUUACUCCUCACUGACCCCAACGGCGAUGAGAUUACAACACAGCCGCCUCCGUUCACAUCCAUCGUAGUGAAUUGCGGCGGCCUGAAUGAAUGCUUUGGAUACUUCAUCGAUUUGCCACAGGGGGACUAUAAAGUGAUGAUACGCCCUUGGACUGGGAUUAACCUGAUCAUGACGAACAGCGUCCUGUCAUCGAAACAAACGAUUCUGAACUCGGAAAGCAAACCUUCAGCAGAUCUCGAAAUACAGAAAGUUCACCUUGACUGGAAUAGCGAUGUGUCAAAGGCUUUCGCCAGUGUAUGUUUCACCCACAAGGCUGAAACCUCAAAGAACCUCUCACACUUUGAACUAGUGAUGGUCAACCAAAAGGGGCAAUGGGUUCGAUCCCGAGCUGCGACACAGAAAACGGAUGAGGGUGCCUGCUUUACAGGGGUAACUCUAUUAAGCGACGAAUUUUUCCUUUCCGGGAAAGUUACUGUGAUCGUAAUUGAGAGAGAUUUCGACGGACUGAGCGUCGUGGCAAGUGCCCAUACCGAAACUUUCUUUAAAACGACCUACGACUUGACCAUCACGAAAUUCGAAAUCGUUGACAAAGGUGACAAAAAAUUCUCUGUUCAUUUCUCCGGAGCCUCGGAUCUGGUGUCUGCAGGUGUCCUGUCCGUCAUCAACACGCACUCAGACUCAGUAACGGAAUUAAAUAUGGAAUUGACUGACGUAUCGGACACAGAGGGUGAUUUCGUGGCAUCGGACUUACUGAUGAGCUGGAUCAACCGACACAAAGUCCUCAAGUGGGUGCUGCGACUUCACGCUGGCGAUGAUAUUUUAAUGUUUGGUGGAGCGGAUUUCACGUUUCCAGACCUGAAUACCUUCCCUACCUGCAGCCCAGCUCAUCUUAUUGGGCAGAAGCAAAUGGUACGACUCACGUGUAAUGACCAAUCUCUCGAAACGGACACAAUUGUGAUGACAGGUGACGACCUCGCCAUCCAAGCCUGCACGGGUGUCAAGGGCGUAAACUACCAUCUUUUGGACAAGCCGGCUACUUUACCAGCAUCCAUACAACUGUGUAGGAAGGUGGAAGAUAACCUAGAAGUCGAUAUAUGUACUGGUCAUAUUGAAGUGAUUGAUGCGACAGCCGAUGCUGCUGCCUUGACCGCCAUCAAAGUGGAAUACGAAAGCAAGAUCUCAGUACAGCAGACUCCUCCAGGCAAAAACAACUUCGACAGCCUCGUGUACUAUUACAAAAGGGACCCCGACCCACUCACAAUAAAGUAUUGCACGGAAGAUAAUUGUGAAAUGCAAGGAUACAUAGGCGUCGAGGAACUUGAAGUCUUAGUCGUGUAUGUGGAUGGCACACAAGGGGAACCUGUGAAAUCCGAACAGAGGACAGUAUAUGGCCUGGAGUUGAGAGGCACGCAGAUCUCGAACUCGGUGUCUGAAUUAGCGAUUAAGAAAAGACCAGACAGAGACGUCUACCAGGUCAUCAUUGAAAAUAUCUCACCGCCGGGAAUGGAGGUCAGAGUGCCGACCUUCACCACUGCUAAAGUGAUGUGCCAGGAUAUGGAAAUAACAUGCUAUGCCUAUUUUUCCCUAACGGCCGGUGAAAAAUAUAAGGCCAUUGUCAGUCCCUAUGAUGAUAAGGCUGGAGAAGGAGCUCCUGAUGACAUGAACCAGAUUGUAUCACUCGAUAUGACAGUAUUGCAGUACAGUAGAAAGAGAGUUACUAAGGAUACGAAAGAACUGACCCUGAAACAAAUAAACCGCGUGAAAGCGGACGCGACCAGAUUCAGCACGGACGUAACGGUUGUUAACGACCUCGAAGACAUUAAGAACAUUGCUAGUGUUACGCUGGCCAUCAUGCACGACAACGGAGAGCAAUACGAGGCGAUAUCGAACGACGUGGGCGAUGGCACUAUCCAGCAGAAUACAGAGAAGGUCUUUCACUUCGAUAUCAACCCAACAGAUAAUGUCCUCGGCCCAAAAACGACAGUGCUCUUCAUUGCGAAAGAUGCAAGUAACGGUCCUUUGGCGAUAGCAGAGGUGACGGUUGACUUUCAGACUCUCGACCCCACAAUGAGCUGGGUUGGCGGGCCAGACACGGCGCCUCUGAGAGUCAGUACGGACAAGGAUGUGGAAAUCAACGGGGUUCCCUUCAGUGCCGGAACAUCUUAUUCCUUGGACUUCAUCAAUGCCCUUCCUCCUGUCGAAGUGUGCGUGACCCUCGAAAACACAGCGCCCGCCGGAGGAACAGUCAGGCUGUGUGAUCUGACUCGGUCUAUUGAAAGCUUCAAAGAUAUGGACGUGGAUGAAGUAGAACUGAAUACUAACGACGGUAAACGUGGCAUGACUGUAACCUCGACGUUCAAAGGAAUGGAAGCUGUCUUGUACAAUCCCGGGGACAGCGGCAUUGUAGAUGUAACCUUUACUUGUGCCACCGAGAACACAUGUUCUUCUGACAUCAGUGAUCAGAUGUCAAAAUUGAGCCCCGUGUUCAAAAUGCUUGUCGUGGGGGUGGAUGCACCAGAUGUCGUUACCGGCGCAAAAGUGGUAGAUUUCGAAGAUUUCCAGACGUUUGUCCAGAGAUUCAGUGACGCUAGCGACCUCGAGGUUAGAUGGCAAGCCUCCAGCAACCAAGAUUUUAAUGUACAUCUUGAAAAUGACGUUCCCGGUGGCUUUACUGACGUAGCCGUUCACUGUGGCGGAGAUGACCAAAGGGCCUGCAAAACAUACUUCACUAACCUGGCACCAGAUGCGGCUUACACAGCGAAAGUGAUUAAAGAUAACAUAGCUGUGUCUUACACUACUCCGGCGACAGCAGGUGCAACCACCCCUCUUUCCAUCACUCAACUCUCCGAGGUGUCAACAUCUCCCUUGCAAACGAAGCUCACGUUCUUGGCCGAUGCAGAGGUCACGGGGGUCAAAUACGUCGAAUACGUGGUGAUCGACCCUCUUACCGAUGGCAAGGCAGCGCAGCGCAUCGUUUUCAAGGACACCAACGACAACAUUGCCGCAGGAGACAACAACAUUAUAUUCGAUGCUGCGGAACUGCCGAACUCAGGCGCAGUGUCGACGGUUCUGGUGGUUGUCCACGGAGCUGACCCCGACGCUCUUGCUGCCGGGAAGGUCGUCGCAGCUUUUGAAGAUAUCAAGCCAACUAUGAGCUGGGUUGGCGGGGAAGACACAGCGCCUCUGAGAGUCAACACGGACAUGGAUGUGGAAAUCAACGGGGUUCCCUUCAGUGCCGGAACAUUUUAUUCCUUGGACUAUAACAACGCCGCUCCUGUCGAAGUGUGCGUGACCCUCGAAAACACAGCGCCCGCCGGAGGAACAGUCAGGCUGUGUGAUCUGACUCGGUCUAUUGAAAGCUUCAAAGAUAUGGACGUGGAUGAAGUAGAACUGAAUACUAACGACGGUAAACGUGGCAUGACUGUAACCUCGACGUUCAAAGGAAUGGAAGCUGUCUUGUACAAUCCCGGGGACAGCGGCAUUGUAGAUGUAACCUUUACUUGUGCCACCGAGAACACAUGUUCUUCUGACAUCAGUGAUCAGAUGUCAAAAUUGAGCCCCGUGUUCAAAGUGCUUGUCGUGGGGGUGGAUGCACCAGAUGUCGUUUCCGGCGCAAAAGUGGUAGAUUUCGAAGAUUUCCAGACGUUUGUCCAGAGAUUCAGUGACGCUAGCGACCUCGAGGUUAGAUGGCAAGCCUCCAGCAACCAAGAUUUUAAUGUACAUCUUGACAAUGACGUUCCCGGUGGCUUUACUGACGUAGCCGUUCACUGUGGCGGAGAUGAACAAAGGGCCUGCAAAGCAUACUUCACUAACCUGGCACCAGAUGUGGCUUACACAGCGAAAGUGAUUAAAGAUAACAUAGCUGUGUCUUACACUACUCCGGCGACAGCAGGUGCAACCACUCCUCUUUCCAUCACCCACCUCUCCGAGGUGUCAACAUCUCCCUUGCAAACGAAGCUCACGUUCUCGGCCGAUGCAGAGGUCAAGGGGGUCGAAUACGCCGAAUACGUGGUGAUCGACCCUCUUACCGAUGGCAAGGCAGCGCAGCGCAUCGUUUUCACGGACACCAACGAGAACAUUGCCGCAGGAGAAAACAACAUUAUAUUCGAUGCUGCGGAACUGCCGAACUCAGGCGCAGUGUCGACGGUUCUGGUGGUUGUCCACGGGGCUGACGGUGUCGACUCCGACGCUCUGGCUGCCGGGAAGAUCGUCGCAGCUUUUGAAGAUAUCAAGCCAACUAUGAGCUGGGUUGGCGGGGAAGACACAGCGCCUCUGAGAGUCAGCACGGACAUGGAUGUGGAAAUCAACGGGGUUCCCUUCAGUGCCGGAACAUCUUAUUCCUUGGACUUCAUCAAUGCCCUUCCUUCUGUCGAAGUGUGCGUGACCCUCGAAAACACAGCGCCCGCCGGAGGAACAGUCAGGCUGUGUGAUCUGACUCGGUCUAUUGAAAGCUUCAAAGAUAUGGACGUGGAUGAAGUAGAACUGAAUACUAACGACGGUAAACGUGGCAUGACUGUAACCUCGACGUUCAAAGGAAUGGAAGCUGUCUUGUACAAUCCCGGGGACAGCGGCAUUGUAGAUGUAACCUUUACUUGUGCCACCGAGAACACAUGUUCUUCUGACAUCAGUGAUCAGAUGUCAAAAUUGAGCCCCGUGUUCAAAGUGCUUGUCGUGGGGGUGGAUGCACCAGAUGUCGUUUCCGGCGCAAAAGUGGUAGAUUUCGAAGAUUUCCAGACGUUUGUCCAGAGAUUCAGUGACGCUAGCGACCUCGAGGUUAGAUGGCAAGCCUCCAGCAACCAAGAUUUUAAUGUACAUCUUGAAAAUGACGUUCCCGGUGGCUUUACUGACGUAGCCGUUCACUGUGGCGGAGAUGACCAAAGGGCCUGCAAAACAUACUUCACUAACCUGGCACCAGAUGCGGCUUACACAGCGAAAGUGAUUAAAGAUAACAUAGCUGUGUCUUACACUACUCCGGCGACAGCAGGUGCAACCACCCCUCUUUCCAUCACUCAACUCUCCGAGGUGUCAACAUCUCCCUUGCAAACGAAGCUCACGUUCUCGGCCGAUGCAGAGGUCACGGGGGUCAAAUACGUCGAAUACGUGGUGAUCGACCCUCUUACCGAUGGCAAGGCAGCGCAGCGCAUCGUUUUCAAGGACACCAACGACAACAUUGCCGCAGGAGACAACAACAUUAUAUUCGAUGCUGCGGAACUGCCGAACUCAGGCGCAGUGUCGACGGUUCUGGUGGUUGUCCACGGAGCUGACCCCGACGCUCUUGCUGCCGGGAAGGUCGUCGCAGCUUUUGAAGAUAUCAAGCCAACUAUGAGCUGGGUUGGCGGGGAAGACACAGCGCCUCUGAGAGUCAGCACGGACAUGGAUGUGGAAAUCAACGGGGUUCCCUUCAGUGCCGGAACAUCUUAUUCCUUGGACUUCAUCAAUGCUCUUCCUCUUGUUGAAGUGUGCGUGACCCUCGAAAACACAGCGCCCGCCGGAGGAACAGUCAGGCUGUGUGAUCUGACUCGGUCUAUUGAAAGCUUCAAAGAGCUGAGUGUCGACAAGAUAGAGCUGAAUUAUGACGCAGGAAAGCACGUCAUGACUGUGUCCUCGACCUUCGCUGGAAUGGAAGCUGUCCUGUACCAAGACGGGGCCAGCGGAGUAUUCCCCGGAACCUUUUCUUGCGACACAGAGAACACCUGUUCUUCUCUUGACAUCAAUGACCAAAUAUCAAAUUUAAGUCCAACAUUCAAAGUCCUCGUCGUGGGUGUGGGUGCAGGGACAGUCACAGGAGCAAAGGUGGUUGACUUUGUAGACUUUCAGGUCCGUGUUCAGCGAUUCAGUGCCGCCGGCGACCUCGAGGUUAGGUGGCGAGCCUCCAGCGAGGAAACCUACAAGAUCCACCUGGACACUGAGGUUCCAGACGGUUUCACUGACGUAUCCGUGGUGUGCGGCGGGACGGGAGCGGCCGAGAACAGGGGCUGCAAAGCAUACUUCACCAAGCUAGAAGCAGAUACGCCCUACAAGGCAGAGCUGCGAAGGGAUAACACAGUUGUUUCUGCCACCGUGUCAGCAGCGCCAGGAGCUUACACGCCUGUCACCAUUACCCACUUCACGAAGGUGUCGACAUCUCCCUUGCAAACGAAGCUCACGUUCUUGGCCGAAGCAGAGGUCACGGGGGUCGAAUACGUCGAAUACGUGGUGAUCGACCCUCCUACUAAUGGCGAGGCAGCGCAGCGCAUCGUUUUCACGGACACCAACGAGAACAUUGUCGCAGGAGACAACAGCAUUACAUUCGAUGUUACGGAACUGCCGAACCCAGGCGCAGUAUUGACGGUUCUGGUGGUUGUCCACGGGGCUGACGGUGUCGACUCCGACGCUCUGGCUGCCGGGAAAGUGACAGUGGUUUUCGAAGAUCCCAACCCCACAAUGACCUGGGUUGGCGGGCUAGACACGGCGCCUCUGAGAGUCAACACGAACCUGGACCUGGAAAUCAAUGGGGUUCCCUUCAGUACCGGAAUAUCUUAUUCCUUGGACUUCAACAACGCCGCUCCUCCUGUCGAAGUGUGCGUGAAACUCGACAACACAGCGCCUGCCGGAGGAACAGUCAGGCAGUGUGAUGUGACUUGGUCUAUAGGAAACGUCGAAGCCAUGACUGUCAAUGGGAUCGAGUUGAAUUAUGACGCAGGAAAGCACGUCAUGACUGUGUCCUCGACCUUCGCUGGAAUGGAAGCUGUCCUGUACCAAGACGGGGCCAGCGGAGUAUUCCCCAGAACCUUUUUUUGCAACACCGAGAACACCUGUUCUUCUCCUGACAUCAAUGACCAAAUAUUAAUAUUAAGUCCAACAUUCAAAGUCCUCGUCGUGGGUGUGGAUGCAGGGGCAGUCACAGGGGCAAAGGUGGUUGAUAUUGAAGACUUUCAGGUCCGUGUUCAGCGAUUCAGUGCCGCCGGCGACCUCGAGGUUAGGUGGCGAGCCUCCAGCAAGGAAACCUACAAGAUCCACCUGGACACUGAGGUUCCAGACGGCUUCACUGACGUAUCCGUGGUGUGCGGCGGGGCGGGAGCGACCGAGAACAGGGCCUGCAAAGCAUACUUCACCAAGCUGGAAGCAGAUACGCCCUACAAGGCAGAGCUGCGAAGGGAUAACACAGUUGUUUCUGCCACCGUGCCAGCAGUGCCAGGCUCAGGAAUACCAGUGACCAUCACUGAAAUCGCCCAAAUCUCGCCUCAGCAGACGCAGCUGACGGUCACGGCUGAAAGAGAGGUCAUAGGCAUCGAACACAUUGAAUACGUGGUGAUAGACCCUCCUUCCGACAACGAGGCGACACAACAAAUCACCAUCAAGGACGUGCAUUGCGUCAUUAACGUGGACACGGACGUGGUAUUCGACGUCCAACAGCUGCCAAACACAGGCGUCGAAGUGACCAUCUUUAUCGUCGUGCACGGCAGAGACGGCGUGGACGUCGAUGCUCUGGCCGCCGGGAAGGUCGUGGUGACCCUCAGGGAUAUACAGUCAACCAUGAACUGGGUCGGAGGGACAGACACGCCGCCUCUGAGAAUUCACGCAAACCAGGGCCUGCUGAUCAACGGCAUCCAGUUUGCCGAAGGAACAUCCUACUUACUGGAAUUCGACGCCCUUGGCUCUAACCCUGAAGUGUGUGUGACCCUCGAAAACACAGCGCCCGCCGGAGGAACAGUUAACCAGUGUGAUUCGACUCAAACUCCAGAAAAUGUUGCUGUCCUGGAUGUACAGAAGGUCGAACUGAGCCACGAAGCGGACGGCAAAUCCACAAUGAUCGUUUCGUCGACAUUCACAAACAUGGAGGCUGUUUUGUACAAUGCCGGAGACAGCGGAAAAGUAUCGGAGAGUUUUUCGUGCGUGACCGAGAAUACAUGUUCAUCUGACGUCACGACAAUACUGUCUGAACUAAAGACCACGUUUAAGUUCCUUGCUGUGGGUGUGGAUGGGGCCGACACCGUCACGGGGGCCACACUGAUUGAUUUUGAAGACUUUCAGACUAGUGCCCUGAGGUUCAGUGACGCCGGCGAUCUCGAGGUCAGGUGGCGAGCUUCCAGUGAUCAGUUAUUUAAUGUCCACGUUAACAACAAUAACCCUCUAGGCUUUACUGACGUUUCCGUUCAGUGUGGUGGGGCGGAAGAGCCUGAUCAAAGAGCUUGUAAAGCAUAUUACACCAUGCUGAAGGCAGGUACGACGUACAAAGCGGAAGUGAAGAGAGAUAACGUGGCUGUGUCAACCACAGUGCCACCAACUUCAGCAUCUGUCACGCCCCUUACCAUCACUCGAAUCUCCCAAGUGUCCAAAUCGCCCUCGCAAACACAGCUGACGGUUUCGGCUGCAGCGGAGGUAGCCGGGAUCGGAUACUUGGACUAUGUUAUGAUCGACCCUCCGGUGGAUAACAUAGCUCCGCAGCACAUCGCAUUCAGUGACGCCCAAGACAGCAUUGACACAAGCAGCAGCAUUAUCACCUUCGAUGAUGCUGAUCAGCCCCAAACUCUGGUGGAGGUGACGGUGUUGGUGGUUGCUUAUGGGGCAGACGGGAGGGACGGCGACAUUCUAGCUUCGGGAAAAGUCCUUGUGUACUUUGCAGACUUGGAACCUCCCAAGAUGACGAAAGUUGGAACAGAAGAAAUGAAAUCUCUGAAGGCUGAAACGGGUGACUUUGACGUGCGGGUUAAUGGCGAAACCUGUCGUGCUAAAUCGGUCUGUUAUUUCCUAGAGGUUGAUGACUAUCUGGAGCCUCCCGAAGUCUGCAGGGAUACAGGGUCGAGCGUGGAGCAAUGCGACAUGACCGGAAGCUAUCUUCUGCCGAAGAAUCUGGUUAAUCCGGCCGUGGACUUGAUGUAUAAAGGGAUCCCGGAAGAGGAGUUGACAGUCACUGCAGAAUUCGAUGCCAAUUCCGUCACCAUGGAAGCCAUGAUCUAUGAUGACGCAGGAACAGAGACAUCGAGUCCUAUAACAUGCACCAUUAAAAGCAGUUCCUGUGUGUUUACAGUGACACCACCGAGCAUUAUGUUUAAAAUCUUGCUGAUGGCUUUGGAUAGCAAGGAAGAUGUGUUUGAAACUAACGCCAUUGAAUUUGAAGAUUUCCAGACACGUAUGGAACAGCUUGCCUCCGAAGCACUCCAAGUUUCAUGGAGAGCCUCACAAGCCUUAAAUUACACGGUUAAAUUGCACCCUGAUCCGGUUGGUUUCCCCGGCGUAAUGCAAGCGGAAUGCGGUGGUGAACAGCCAGAGGACAGUAGCCAGUGCCUAGCGUUCUUCGUUGGGCUAACGGCAGGCGGGGAAUACACUGGAAAUGUAAACAAAAGAGACGACGGAACAAGAAGUGUGUCGGCUUUCUUGCAACUGGAAACUGAAAGAGUUUACACGCCUAUAAUCAUCACGAGCCUAAUCGCGAGGGAGGAGGGAGACAAGACGCGAAGUCUCUCCGUGUGCUUCAAGGACGAUCUGCUCGCGAACAGGAAGGGCAGCGACGUCAUGACCCAAACGGGGGACCUCAAAUACAGCUUGGUGGUCGUGGAUGCGUUCGGCCGUCACUUCCUCUCACCUGCAGAUCUAUUGUCUCUCUCGCCGUCCUCCAACGUCGAGGACGACCUGUGCUUCAGUGCCAUCUCGCUCGGCCUCGACUUCGACUUGAGGAAAAAAUUGAGGGUCUUUGUGAAGCGCGAGGCUACGGCUGGCGAGAGAGGCCGCGCAGUUGGGGACAUCGAGGUCCAUCUUUUGGACCCACAGGGACUAGUAGACGUGAGGCAGGUAGGACCGAGGACCGUGAGAGUAAGAUGGAAGGACGUGAAUCGGGCCCUGGGUUACGAAGUCCGGAUCGGUGACGUAAGUCUGCCAGCGGCGUGCGGUGAAGAUUCUGAGAAAGAGUGCGUGCGCUAUCUUCACGUGGAUAGAGGAGAAUCGCGUCUCUUUGUCACGUUGAAGGCAGUAGGUGCUCGCGUGAGGCAGGAAGUCGAGGUGCCACUUGCGCUGCGGGACCUGUCGACCCUUCGUAUAUACAGCACUGCCUUGACCGAGGACAAUCGCCUGCGAGUGUGCUUCGACCCUAUCCCGAGGGCCUAUCAGUAUCUCCUAGGCCUAGAGGACGAGAAAAGCCUUGUGCUGGAGUCCAGGCGGGUCUUCCCCCAGCAGGAGGACGACUUAACCUGCGUUCUCAGCGCGGAAGAGGUCGACUUAAGAGGUCAAUUGUCUCGGCGGACGCUUGUCACAGCCUUCGAUGCUUCAGAUAAGCCUGUGGCUUCAGGAACCGCCACCGUACAGGAAUUCUUCCUUAGCCCCAAGAGGAAGGUCUUCGCCGUGGCUAACGAGACCAACCACGACCUCAUCGCGACCUGGUUCCUCCUCGACGACCCAGAGAAAGUCACCGCCUAUUACGUAACCCUCGAGCAGGCGACCGGCGGCAGGAAGGAUGACGACCCGGUGGUACUAAGCAGAACAAGUACGUCACAUGUUUUCGAGGGCGUGACAUCGGGGCGCUACUCCGUCUGCGUCGUUGCGUCUGCCGAAGGUGCUGGCUCUGUCUUCAGGAGUCGAGAAGUGUGUAGCGACAUUGUCUCCGUCCCUAGUGCCAAGGUAAAAAUCCCCGAAGUGGCGGAAACGGAAGUGAAAUCCGCCGGGCUCGACAAGGCUCUCGUGACGUGGCAGAAGACCGAAGACGAAGAUGACGUCACCAACUACGUCAUAACCUGGACGAAAGCCGCCCCGAGUACGAGUAACCGGGCCAGACCAAGGCAGCCGCUCCCCCUCGUGGCCCAGGGCUUCAGGGACGUCGAGCAAGGGCGGCAUCACAGGAUCGUCCCCGCGUCGAGUCCUAGCCUAGAGGUCCUGCCUCUCGAUCCCAGAGAGGUCUAUGAAGUCUGCGUCAGCGCCGUCAGGAAGGGCGUGGCGGGAAAUCACAAAUGCAAACGGAUUGAACUCGGGAAGGACGACCCCCUUGACUCUCCCUCUGACCUGGUCUUCGAGAAAGACCUCCUCGAGUGGAAGGAGGUCGCCUCAGCUUCUGGUUACCUCGUGGAAUGGCGACCUCGACUUGGAGGAAUCAGCGAAGGAGGUCAAGAAGAGGUCAAGACGACGAGUUGGCCGGCCGGAAACCUCUCGCCAGGGUGGUGGGUGGUGAGCGUAAGAGCGGUGACGGAGACGAGGGCGAGUCAGCCGGUAGCUGCUGAGUAUCUGAAGAAGGGCAUAGAAAUCGUCUCAGCUGUUCAGCCCAACAACAAUCAGCUGUUACUCCGGUGGCAAGAGGAACCAAUACCUCCGUGUGCCGAGUCGAUGUGCAACUACACAAUCACAAUCUCUCACGAUAAGGCACCCUUCUGGCACUCCUGCUCGGGGCUGAAGGGCGACUGCGAGAAGGUCAUUCAAGUAGAAGGUGGCACUCAGGUGGAAGUGGCACUGGAAAGGAAUGGCGUGAAGAAUUCGAUGAAGGAAGUGAUUUACGAUUUCUCAGAAGUGUCAGGGCUGAGCGAGCGAUCCUCGUCAGCUGACAAGGAAGUGACAGUGUCAUGGACUCCGUCAGAAGAAGCUGUGCUCUACAACGUGACUUUAUUCACCGACAGAGCCCGGUCCUCCAUUAGACUCACGGAGAUGAUUAGUCGGGAAACGUUGACACUACGCGAAGAUAACAUGGCUGGCAACGUACUUCUCGUUCAACCCUGCGCAGACAAGCACCAUUGUGGAAGCGGCCAGAAUAUCACUGUGAUGUCAGUUGCAGACACGCCCUCGACUAACGUGCCAGUUCUCGCCACCUCGGUCGCGGUCGGGGUCCUUCUCGCGGGUCUUGUCCUCGCGGCUUCUGUUGUAAUAAUGAAGAAAACGAAGAGAAAGCAGAUGAAUGACACUUGCCGUCUGGAGGAAGUUGCCAGAGCGCCCUCAGUGAGCAGCCAGCAAAGCAUAGGCCUACAUUCCUCUGAUCACCAAAUCAUUUCGCUGUCAGCCUUGUCUCUCGAGGGAAAUAAACAACAGUGACACCUGGCAGCCCGAGUUAAUCUGUUAAUUUCUAGUUAAUUUUCGAUUUUCAUAAUGUGCGUUCUCUGGCCUGAAGAUAAUACUUCGUAACUGGAAGCGAAUGACAAAAUCUGUGAUACCUGGAGAUGUUUCGUUUGUUUGUAAGCAAUAAAGAGUCGAUUGA